AUGCGAUAUAUUCACUUCCCUCGGAAAUUUCAAGAAAAACGCUUUCACUCUAAAUCGCCGAAAAAGACUGCAUCUGCAUAUAUCGAUGCGCAUGUUCAAACCCUCCGUCUGCUUGUCGGCUCACCAAGUCCCUUGAAUUCAAAAUCGGUUUUCGAAUCGAUGUUCGCCAUUUUCCGUGGCAGACGACUCAGGCUUCCACCAGAUCUCUCUAUUUUCGCCACCUCUCGAUUUCGGACUUCUGAAAAUGCAGUCAGGGCGUUCACCACUGGGAAACCACCGCAAGGUGUUCGCGAAAAUGACCCUGUGAAAUCCUUUACCUUCUCCUACCUCGUCAGCUCAUGCGGGUUGGCCCCAGAAGCCGCCGUCCGCGCCUCCAGUAAAGUCCAGCUGAAAUCGCCUGAAAAACCGGACGCGGUCUUGAAUCUCCUGAGAGAGUACGGAUUCACGGCCGCCGACAUCUCUGUAAUGGUCACCCGGUUGCCGAACGUUCUCUCUGCCUGCCCAGACAAAACCCUUUUGCCCAAGCUUGAGUUUUUCGCCUCCAUUGGCGUCCCCCUCCCCAUCCUGGCCAGCAGGCUGUCCCGGUACCCUGGCAUCUUAUGGCGCAGCCUUGAGAACUCAAUCAUCCCGUUAUACGAUUUCCUGAAAAACCUGUUCGGGUCGGAUGAGGGGCCCGUUCAAGUCUUUAAACGGGCUCCCCAGUUCUUCGACUGGGGCCGGACCAACGACAUCUUGUCCAACUUCUCAUUUUUCGUGGCCUGCGGGGUUCCUCGGCCAUCUCUCAUGUCACUGUUCACGUACCAGCCAAGAACGCUCUUGGCUCCUCAGGAGAAGUUAUCCUCGUGCGUGGGUCGAGCAAUAGAAAUGGGGUUUGAUGUGUCCAAUAAUGCAUUUUUUAAGGCCAUUCAGGUUUUGGUGUGUUUGAAUGAGUCGACCCUUAAGCGCAAGAUGGAGGUUUAUAGAAAGUGCGGCUGGUCAGAAUCCGACAUCAGGACCGCCUUUCUGAGUCAGCCGUUUUGUAUGACAUUGUCCGAGAAGAAUAUAGUGGAGUGUAUGGGUUUUCUGGUUGAUAAAUUAGGGUGGGCACCUGGUGACGUGGCCCGUUGCUCUUGGAUUCUUGGGUACAGCCUCGAAAAGAGAAUGAAGCCGAGGUGGGCAGUUGCUGAGGUUUUGAAUGAGAAGGGGCUGAAGAAUGUGACUAUCACAUCCCUGCUGUCAAUGUCCGAGAAGAUUUUCUUGAAGAACUAUAUCGAGAAGUACAAGAAGGAUGUUCCCGAACUUUUGGGCAUUUAUCGAGGUAAUAAAAUCCUGGCUUGCACCUCCUGA